AUGGGACUAAUCAGAUGUGACCGAGGACUGUCAUCAAAACUGAAUUUGGAUGACGAAAGUUACGACAGUACAUCAUCCCAGAUCUAUAAGGUCGGUUCAUCACGGCAAAACCUGGAAAAGGAUGAGGCCACUUUCAAUGACAUGUUUACGUACCCUUUUCUGAAGGCAGUCGCCAAAGCAGUCCAAGAUGUGAAAGCCUGUGGAUCAGAAUUUCGGGUGGGGGAGACCCCUUUAAAUGCAAUGACAAAGCAGCUAAACGGCAAUGAUGAUUCCACAUUAUAUUAUGCUGAUGGUAUUAUCACUCUGUAUGGGAUGGAGGAGUUGGAAGUACUUCUUUUGGAAAUCAUAUUUGUACAAGCUGCUGACAAGACUAUCUACAUCUGGAGCUUACGAUUUGUGGUGGAAGGUCCCGCGUAUGAACUUUGGCUGGAAGGACGUUUAGAUAUCAACCCUAAUUUCGAAUGCAAGCUGGAACAACCGCCAAAAUUUGUCAAGUUCUAUUGGCUGCUAAAGUGCUUGUUGGAGGAUUCGGUAGAAAAUAUCUCCACACUAAAAGAUGACCAUUGCCAGAAAUUGAAAGAAUUCAGAUUUACUUCUUUUCCCUCCGAGAAUCUUUCAACAGUAGUUAAUCCCAGUAUUCUGAAGUUAGUUGAAGAAGAUGAUAAAGUUGGUAUGCAUCAACUUGGUCCAUUCUAUGAAUAA